AUGUUUCGUUGGCUCAACUCUUGGUUCUCACCCAGGGCAAACACAUCUUCACCCAACAACAGCGGAGACAUGGCAGUCACAGCACACGUCAGAUCACCAGUCCAACUGGAAAUCAUUGUUGUCGGCGCCGGACUAAGUGGAUUGGCCACUGCAGUAGCAGCCGCCCUGUCGGGACACAAGGUCACAGUGUUCGAGUCCGCAAAGGAGCUGCUCGAGAUCGGUGCGGGCCUGCAAGUGACGCCCAACUCCACACGCAUUCUCCAGAAAUGGGGUCUGCCAGAGAGACUGUGGAAGUCGGCAUCUGAGCCAACGGACUUGGUGGUGCAUCGCUAUUCCGGAAAGGUCCUCGCCUUGGAGGAGAACUUCAACAAGAACAUCCGCACAAAGUACCAGGCACCGUUCAUCGAUCUGCACCGAGUCGAUUUGCAGCUCUCACUCUAUGAGCGCGCCAAGGAACUCGGUGUCAAGUUCAAUCUCGGCGAGAAGGUUGAGAAUAUCGACUUUGACAUCCCCGAGCUCACGACACAAUCUGGAAUCAAGGCCAAGGCGGACCUCAUCGUCGCCGCCGAUGGACUCUGGUCGCGGUCGCGCGCGUGCUACCUGAAGAAGGACGACCCUCCCCUGGCAACGGGUGACUUGGCAUACCGAGUGGUUCUCAAUAUUGACGACGUCACGGAUCCGGAGCUGAGAGAAUGGAUUCAGAAACCCCAGGUCCACUUCUGGGUUGGACCCGGGGCUCACUGCGUUGGGUACUCGAUGAGAGCGGAGAAGAUGUACAACUUGGUGCUGCUUACGCCCGAUGAUCUUCCCAAGGGAGUCAGUCGCCAGGCAGGAUCAGUCGAGGAGAUGAAGAGCCGGUUCGAGGACUGGGACCCGAUAUUGAAGAAGUUUCUCAGCUCGGUCGACAGUGUUGAGAAGUGGAAGCUGAUGCACAGAGAGGAAAUGACGUCUUGGAUUAGUGAAAAGUCAAACUUUGUAUUCGUUGGUGAUGCAUGCCACCCCAUGCUGCCCUACCUUGCUCAAGGCGCCAACUCAGCUGUGGAGGAUGGUGCAGUCCUCGGUCUGCUGCUCGGUCACAUCAAGUCCAAGUCACAGCUGCCUACGGCAUUAAAGUCGUAUGAAAAGUUACGCAAGGCUCGCGGUGAAUCUAUCGUCAGGGAAACCUUCAAGCAGCGCCAUGAUUUCCACAUGAACGACGGUCCCGAGCAGGAGGCCAGAGAUCAGAUCUUCCUGUCUCAACUGGGCAAGGAACUGAAGGGAGCUUUCCCCAGUAGGUGGACGUGCCCCGAGGUGCAGCCCUGGUUGUAUGGGUACGACGCCUACAAGGAGGUUGAGGAAGCGAUGAAGAGCGAUCCCUUUGACAAGCCCCACGCCAAUUUGUAG